AUGGCACCACAUUUGAAAACCGCCAUCGUGACAGGUGCUUGCAGUGGCAUGGGCCUGGCGCUGACACAGCAUCUGCUCUCCAAGCCAGAUUGGAGAGUCGUGGUGGCGGAUGUAAGGCCGGAGCAAUAUCGUAAGAUCUCAUCAACGCUGAAUCCGGACCGGCACAUCUUUGUGCACACCGACGUGGGAUCGUGGGAGUCGCAAGCCCAACUGUUUGAGAGGGCUUUCGAGUGGAGUGGCGGACGACUGGACUUUCUUGCCGCAAACGCUGGAGUUGUACGCGUGGAACCGCUGGCCGUCACCACCGUCGGUGAUCUUGACAGCGAGCCGACCAAGCCGGAGAUGCUCACCACCCAGAUCAAUCAGAUCGGUGUCUACUACAGCUUGUUGUGGUUCAUCCAUUACGUGCGGCGAUGCAAGAAAGCCCACGCGGACAAGAACGGCGACUACAAGCCCAAAGCAGUCCUGAUGUCGUCUUGCACCGCCAUAUACCCCUUCCCGUGCGCCGUCGAAUACGCCAUGACCAAGGCGGCCGUGCUGUCACUGACCCGCAGCACCGCCCACUUCUUAUACGAGAGCGACGGCAUCGCUCUGAACUGUCUGAUGCCGAACUAUGUCAAUACCCAGAACUAUUCGGAUGAAACCUGCGCCAGAUGGGGUCCCGAUUGGUUAACUCCCUACUCUACCAUUCUCCGGGCCUACGAUGAAUUGAUCUCUGAAGAUGGCACUGUGGUUCAGGACGGAAAAAGUAAUGGAGCGCCAGGCGUUGUCAAGGUCGGUCAAUCAGUCGAGUGUUCGGUGCUCGAUCUGCACUACAGGCACGCACAGCCUUUUGUCGACGAGAAAGCUGAAUUCGUCAUUUUGGAGAGCAGUAAGCCAGAAGGUGAAUGGUUCAAUACCUUCUUAUCCCCUAUGACCAAGUACAAAGCCACAGCUGCCGUCUAG